AUGGUUGCAAUUGGUUCGCAGUUUGAUACACGGCCAAAUGCGAAGGAGUACUCUUUAGCUCUUCUGGAGGCUUGCAUCAAGUUGCUGGCCAAACGGCCUGCAAUAACCAGCAGGUCUCGCGUGACUGAUAUCCAAGCUGUCUUUUUGCUUGAGUAUUUGUCAAAGUUCAGGUCCCGGAAGGCAGAUGUGCAAAUAUCUCAUCGAUUUCGCAGCUUAUACGGAAGCUUCAUGCAAGAUAGACAUUGGGUACACGUCAAUCCUCUUGCCGUCCUGAAUACUUUGCCUCCUGACAGCUCGCAGGAUGCUCUGAAAAGGGCACAAAAGUUUUGGGUUGAACAUGAAACGCGACGUCGGGUCUUGCAAGCUUCAUUCAUUCUAGAUGUUCAACAAUCGAAGCUCUUUGGUCAACCUUCUGUUUCGGUGCAACCUAGCUCCAAUCCAUUCAACAAAAGGCCACAGAUCUCGCAGGCAAACAAGAUUUCUUUCCCGUGCAGCUCUGAGUUAUGGGAGAGCAGGGAUUCGACCCAAUGGCUUUCUUUGGCACGAUCUUAUGUCUCGUUAUCUCUCCCAUCUGCUGCUGUUAGUAUAAAUCGACUUUCUGGACUUGGUUCAGAAGGAUUCGAUCAUUUUCAAGCCUCCUUGCUACUUUCUUACGGUACCUCCACCUAUGCGGAUCCUGAAGACGAUGGCUCACCGAAUAGCCCUCUAAACUCUCUCAUCACAUCCUUGCAAGAUCGAAAAGGAAAUGAUCUCACGACAUCAUCUCACUCUCAAAUUCUAUUCACGCAUUAUACUUUAAUGGCAGUGCGCUAUACACCAUUACACACAUUACUUACUGUCAGCGGUGAGUCUUGGCUCUUCAAUCAGAAACUUGCCCAAGAAGGCGAAUUCCGGAAUGCAAAGACAAAAUUACGGCAAUGGGUAUCUGACACCGAUGAUGUCAAAAAGGCUGUUUGGCAUGCCGUGAGAGCUCUUCGCUAUGUUGUUGAUAGUACCGGAUGGAACUCGUCUACGGCUACUCCUACAGCCGCCAAUACCAUGUGGAACAACAAUGUGCCCUUGAUCAGGUCUCCAGCGGCCGGGCCGUCCACUAUGCUACAAACAACUUGGAGCGUAUAUACUUGUGUUUUGAUAUGCUGGGCAUAUGGUUUCGAUCCAAAUAACAUUGUACGAUCAGAAGCAGAACGCCCACCGGAUAAUCAGGGCGAUGCGGCCCGGGCAUAUAUUCACAACAUGAUGUCUUUGGCUCCGACAUGGAGACACAUAUCUCAAACCAACAUUCCGCCAACAGUGCGAUGCAACAUAUAUCCACUCUUACGAUACGUCUGGCUAACUCAGCUUCACGAAUGCCGCAUUGGAGGUCUACUCAAUGAAGCAAAUCGAGUACUUGCUCGAUUAUGUGAGCCUAGAGGUGCACGAGGCGAAAUAAGGGGAAUGUGGAACUUCUAG